UCUCAAAAAAAGAAAAAAAAAAAGCGCUCUUCUAUCUAAAACAACAAAAGAAAGAACAAAAACUACCCCCGCAUCAUCCGCCCCUUCGCAGUCUCGCUCUCGCUCCUCUCUCUCCUCUCUCUCUUCCCACACACAGUCACACACUAAUGAAUGCCCACACUGGAGUGGUUGAGUUGAGGGUGAGUGAAUGAGUGAGGGAAAGCAAAGUCCACAGGUGACACCUCACUCUCAUAAUCCUCUUCACUCCAAAAAAAAAAUUCCACCUUUCCCAGUUUUGUUCAGUUUCCUUUCCUCUUCACUCAACCAAACCUCUUCUACUUCUUCCCCUUUCUUUUCUCUUUCUUGUAUGACCAUGCUACAGAUCUAUUACUCACUCUCGAAACCUCAUCUUUACUUGACAAUUUAGCUCAACUGCUCCAGAGGGUCCUCACCGUUUUGCUUCUGGAUCUUCAACAUUUGUUUUUUUUUUUACCUCAAUGUGGUUGCUGUAUCAUACUAGUUUGAGUCCUCGGACAACAAUCCUUUUCUGCAUUUUGGCUUUGAAGUUUCAAUGCAGCUGCACUUUCCAUUUUCAAGCCAAGCAGUCUUGAAAUUCACUGGGUAUCCUUUAAGGCCAGCAAUACCUGCGCCAUCUUCUCUCCCAUAAAUCUAGCAAUCACCUGAUGAAACUCUGCAACACCUAUCUGCAUUUUUUGCUCGUUGUCAAUGUCAUUCUUCUGCCUCUGGCACUUGGUGAUUUGAAAGGUGAUGAACAAGCCUUGCUUGAUUUUGCAGAUAGAGUUCCCCACCGUCGGAGGCUAAAUUGGACUCUUAAUAGGCCUAUCUGCACAUCUUGGGUUGGAAUCAAAUGUUAUCCAGAUGGCAAUCGUGUGUUUGCUCUUCGGCUUCCUGGGGUUGGACUCAAAGGUCCUAUCCCUAACAACACACUGGGAAAAUUGGAUGCACUGAGGAUUCUCAGCCUCAGAUCCAAUCUCCUCAGUGGUAAUCUACCCUCUGAUAUUUCUUCCCACCCCUCGCUUCAGCACCUCUUCCUUCAACAUAAUAAUCUCUCCGGCGAUAUUCCAACUUCUUUCUCAUCGCAACUCAAUGUUUUGGAUCUAUCAUUUAAUUCCUUUACUGGGAAAAUCCCGCUAACAUUUCAGAAUUUGACUCGACUCACUGGAUUGAAUCUGCAGAAUAACUCGCUUUCUGGUACCAUUCCUAAUAUCACCCUUCCGAGGCUCAAACAUUUGAAUCUGAGUUACAACCACCUUAAUGGUUCCAUACCACAUGCCCUGCAAAUUUUCCCCAAUUCAUCAUUUUUAGGGAACCCUUUCUUAUGUGGGGCGCCUCUGAGUCCUUGUCUUCCUCUUGUUCCUCCACCUUCUCCUACCCCCAAUUUUUCUCCACCUCCCCCAAAAGGAAAACAAAGCUCCAAAAAGAAACUCCCUCUGGGAGCUAUUAUUGCUAUUGCAGUUGGUGGUGCUCUAAUCCUCUUUCUUAUAGUGGUAAUAUUCCUUUUGUGUUGCCUUAAGAAAAGGCAAACUGAUGGUGGCAGUGUACUAAAAGGAAAAUCCUCCAGCGGUGGAAGGAGUGAGAAACCUAGAGAGGAGUUUGGUAGUGGAGUCCAAGAACCUGAAAAGAACAAGCUGGUUUUCUUUGAGGGAUGCUCUUAUAACUUUGAUCUGGAGGAUUUAUUGAGGGCCUCGGCUGAAGUGCUGGGAAAAGGUAGUUUUGGGACUGCAUAUAAAGCUGUCUUGGAGGAGUCUACGACUGUGGUUGUUAAAAGGUUGAAAGAAGUAAUUGUGGGGAAAAAGGACUUCGAACAGCAGAUGGAAAUUAUUGGGAGAGUCGGACAGCAUCCAAAUGUAGUACCUCUACGUGCUUAUUACUAUUCCAAGGAUGAAAAGCUUUUGGUCUAUGAUUACUUCUCAAAUAGCAGCUUGUCAGCUUUGUUACAUGGAAACAGGUCCUCUGGGAGAGCACCACUAGAUUGGGAGACGAGAGUUAAGAUAUCCCUUGGAGCUGCAAGAGGCAUUGCCCAUAUCCAUUCUGUGGGAGGCCCAAAAUUUACUCAUGGAAAUGUUAAAUCUUCCAAUGUCCUCCUCAAUCAAGAUCUUGAUGGCUGUGUCUCUGAUCUUGGCUUGGCCCCACUCAUGAACUUUCCAGCCAAUAGAUCUCGGCAGGCAGGAUAUCGCGCACCAGAGGUUAUGGAAACCAGAAAGCACACUCAUAAAUCAGAUGUUUACAGCUUCGGCGUCUUGCUACUGGAGAUGCUAACUGGAAAACAACCAAUUCAGUCUCCAGGACGGGAUGACAUGGUUGAUCUCCCAAGGUGGGUCCAAUCAGUUGUCAGGGAGGAAUGGACAGCCGAAGUUUUUGAUGUCGAGUUGAUGAGGUUCCAAAAUAUUGAAGAAGAAAUGGUGCAGAUGCUGCAAAUAGCCAUGGCAUGUGUUGCCAAGGUGCCAGACAUGCGACCAAACAUGGAUGAAGUAGUUAGGAUGAUUGAAGAGGUCCGGCAAUCUGACUCGGAGAAUCGGCCAUCUUCAGAAGAGAACAAAUCCAAGGACUCAACUGUGCAGACCCCCUGACUCCUUGGAGGCUCUCCUUGUUUAUCUUUUUUGCGGUUUCCCAUUUGUAUUUUGAAAGGGGAUUCAAUAUUUGAUUCAAUUCACGCGUGCCUGUUUCAGUACUCCAUUCCUAACUGUGACCUUGCCCGCGCGUAUAGCUCGUUAGAGUGUGAAUUAAUCUGAUUGCUUCAUUUCGACUUAGGGAUGUAGUCCAUUAUUAGUUUUUUUAAAAGAUUGUACCUUUUCCCAUUUCAUGAUUUGUUGUAAGAAUUCUUUAUCCGACUCAUAAAGCUGAUUUAUGAUUUUAAGCAGAUUCGUGGUCUUUUUCUUCUGA